GUGUGUGUGUGUGUGUGUGAGAGAGAGAGAAGACUGGGCUCGCGCUGAGCCGGAGGAGCAACCGCCAUCCCCGGAGCGAGCGAGGGAGGGACUGUGAGAGAGAGAGAGUGUGAAUCAACCUAACAAUGCCAGCUGAAAAAAAGCCAAUGCGAUAUGCUCAUCCGGAUGGGUAUACUGGGGUUUGCUACUGUGAAAGUGGAAGAUUUAUUGUAACAGCUGGCAGUGAUGGAGAUGUUAGAAUAUGGGAAAGUCUGGACGAUGAUGAUCCCAAAUCAAUCAAUAUGGGCGAAAAGGUUUAUUCUGUGGCUCUUAAAAAUGGAAUGCUUGUUACUACCGUUUCUAACAACAUAGUUCAAGUUCAUUCCUUUCCUGAGGGUACACCAGAUGGAAUUCUAACUCGCUUCACUGCAGAAGCAAACCAUGUCGUCUUCAAUAACUCUGGCACCCAAGUCGCUGCUGGUUCCAGUGACUUUAUGGUGAAGAUCAUUGAUAUUAGUGACAACAGCCAACAGAAGACUUUUCGAGGUCAUAGUGGUCCAGUCCUCAGCGUUGCUUUUGAUCCAGAGAAUGUAUUUCUGGCUUCUUCUAGCUGUGAUGGUUCAGUAUUUGUCUGGAAAAUUGCAGAUCAGACACGUGUAAUAAAUUGGUUGCUGUUAAAUAAACACAAUGAUGUCAGCUUAACUUCGUCCAUUUGUAGACUUGAUUGGCAACCAAAGACUGGAAUGUUACUGGCCAUUCCAGUGGAUCAAACAGUUAAACUAUAUGAAAGAGAAACCUGGCAAAACAGUUUUGAUCUUUCUGAUAAUAGCAUCACUAAGCCAAUAAAUAUUGUUUCAUGGUCUCCUUGUGGUCGCUACUUGGCUGCUGGCAGUGCUGAUGGAUCUAUGGUGGUGUGGAACGUAACGACGAAAGAGUGUGUUGAAAGGUUGCAGCAUGAAAAGGCUUUCAAAAUCUCUGCAAUGGCAUGGCAUCCCAAAGGAGGAAAAAUAGCAUAUACAGACUGUGAAGGAAAUCUUGGCCUUCUUGAAGACAUUUUAGUAGAUUCUGGCAACAAGAAACCAACUUCAAGUGCAGCUCCUAGUUUUGAUGAGCUUUUUGAUGAAGAUGACAAUGACUUGCUUACAAAAGAUGCACAAGAUCAUGUAAAUCUGUCACAGUCGUCACCAACACGGCAGCCAUUAAUGGAUGAUGACGAAGAUGAUGGCGAGUACGAUAUGAAGACUCCCCGCAGCCGAUCCAAAAUUCAUCGUGUUAUUGAUGAUAACUCUCACGAUAUCGGAUCUCCUACUCAGGAAGAUCAAACCGAUGAUGGUGACCAAGCUGUUAGUGUGCCUACUGUACCAGAACCAGUACGUUAUUUGGGGCCAGUGCCAACACCUCAGCAGAAGCCUUUUCAGCCUUGUUCCACACCCUCUCAUCUUAUGCAUAGGUUCAUGAUGUGGAAUUCAGUUGGUAUUAUUCGCUGCUACAAUGAUGUACAAGAUAAUGCUAUUGAUGUGGAAUUUCACGAUACUUCCGUACACCAUGCGAUGCACCUGAGUAAUGUCCUGAAUCAUACCAUGGCUGAUUUAUCACAGGAAGCAGUGUUAUUAGCUUGUGAGAAAUCUGACGAGCUCCCAAGCACACUCCAGUGCAUUCACUUCAGCUCCACAGAUGCAAAUAAGGAGUGGAUGAUGGUUAUGCCAAAAGGUGAAAACAUUCAAGCCGUUUGCCUGGGUAAAGGUUGGGCUGCUGUUUCAACUGAUGCCCAGAUUAUUCGCAUCUUCAGCAUUGGUGGUGUACAGAAGGAAAUCUUCAGUCUAGCAGGACCUGUUGUGUCCAUGACGGGACAUGGACAACAGCUUCUGGUUUCUCAUCACAGAGGCAUCGGGUUUGAUGGAGAUCAAUGUCUGGGAAUUCAAUUAAUGGAAUUUGGAAAAAGUAAACCGAUUCUUCAAGGAGUUGCUCUCCCUAUCACCAGGAAAUCAUACUUAACCUGGCAGGGCUUCUCUGCUGAAGGAACCCCAGCAUUUUCAGACUCCGAAGGGACAGUGCAAAUGAUGAACAGAGCUCUGGGGAAUACCUGGGUUCCUGUUUGUAACAUUCGGGACCACUGCAAGGGCAAAUCUGACCAUUACUGGAUAAUUGGGAUCCACGAAAAUCCUCAGCAGCUUAGGUGUAUUCCAUGUAAAGGAUCCAGGUUCCCACCUACACUUCCACGCCCCGCUGUAGCAAUCCUACCAUUCAAGCUUCCUUAUUGUCAGAUUGAUUCAGAAAAAGGACAAAUGGAGGAGCACUUCUGGCGAUCUGUUUUGUUUCAUAAGCAUUUUGACUAUCUGGAGGCAAGUGGCUACGAAAUUGAUGAAGCUGCAAAAGGCCAAGCUCUAAAAGAACAACAAGAGCUGCUAAUGAAGAUGUUUGCUCUGUCUUGCAAGUUAGAGCGUGAAUUCCGCUGUGAAGAGCUUUCUGCGUUUAUGACCCAGAAUGUCUUGAGCCUCGCUAUUAAGUAUGCUUCACGUUCAAAACGUCUAAACCUUGCUCAGCGGCUUAGCUACGUAGCUCAAGAGAAAGCUGCAGAGUUGAUGAACGUACAGGAAGUUGAAGAGGAUCUUAGAGCUGGAAUGAGUGCUGGUAAGAUCGGAUGGAAUUUAUCACGUGUGCAAUCUCAAGCUCAAAGUUAUCCUGAGAAGGAGGAAGUAGAAUAUGAGGAAAAUACUGUUGAUAAUGCAGAUGGUGAAGAUGGGUUGAGUACCCUGGAAGUACAUGAUGCAAGAAAAAAGUUAAAUCCAUUCAGUAAAGAUCUCAGCUCUACCGAAAAGACAACCCCAAAACCCAUGACAUUUGCAACUGAUAACUAUGGGCGUGGAAAUCCAUUUAAGGUGAUGUCUGCUGCAACAUUUUCCACAUCUGCUGGCAGCCACGCUCGAAAUGCCAAUAUUCUGGACAACAUGUCCAAAGUGAGUAAGAAGUCAACGGGAAUCGGCAACCAGUCUACAAACAAGCCAGGAUCAUUGGUCCUGAAGCCUCUUGCACCAAAACGAAAGGCAAAACAGAUCCAAGCUACGUUGUUCCAGUCAACGUCCCUCAAAUCUGGCAGUAAAACUGUGGAAGAAAAGGCAGCAAAGGCUGAUCCGGUACCAGUGGUCACUUCGGAUAAAACAAAGGCAGAGAAGAAAAAGCCUAAAACAGGAUAUCAACUGUGGCUAGAAGACAACAGAAGCGCCAUUCUUACUGACAAUCCUGAUUUGGAGGAGCAAGAAAUAAUCAAAGAAGGCAUGAACCGAUUCCGUGUGCUGACAUCUGAGGAGAGGAUGUCUUGGACAAACAGAGCUAAAAAAGACGGUGGAAGCAUCAACAGUGGAGAGGAUGCUAAAAAGCGCAAACGUUCACAAGACCCAAGUGAAGAUCAGCAGGAAAAUGAGCAGGAAACCAAAAAGGAAAAUUCUGAAGAGAGUUUUGCAAAGAAGCAGAAACCGCCACAAGUAUCAACAAAUUCAAAACUGUCGGCAUUUGCCUUCCAAAAGGAUUAAGCAGUACCUCAGAUUAUUUCAAUACAGUUUGCACAUAUAAUGUCCCUGUUACUCGGUUAAAUGUAUUUCUAACUGAUGCUAUACCAGGAUUUGCAUCAUUUAAAAUAUUCCAUAAUUUUGCUAUUAAGACAAUUAAUAUCUCUUGUAUAGAAUAUUUUGGUAUAAGAAAACUUGAUCAACAGUGCUGUACCUAUGAUUUUCCACAUGCAGGGGGUUUUUGGUUGCAGACAAGUUUUAGGAGACGAGGAAAGGGCGCCAAUGAAUGGCAGAAAACGUACAUAGUAGCUUUUCCUGAGGGAUAAAACUGAAGGAGUCACACAUUUAUGGAAACUUUAAAGAAUGGGUUUGGUGUUGCCUUGAGGUUUUCUCCCUGAUUUCAUGAGCAAAAAUCCUGUGCAGUAUAUAAAAUAAAAGUUUUGAUGAAUCUAUUGCCAAGAUUUUUGAAGAAAAUAAACCAUUCCAGGAUGUACAGUAAGAAUCAUGAUGCAUUCAAAUGUAUUUGCUUUUACUGUUGUGAACUGAAUACAGUAGAUUUAGAGACUAAUUAGGAGGAAUCUAAAUGAUCAGUUUUAUUGGAUUGUUUUUGCAACAAGCUACAGUUUGCAAGUGCACAGGGUAAAAGAUUCCACUGUAAUGUACAUUAUAAUUAUCCAGACAAAAGUUUCAAAGAUUUCCAUAAGCUGGUGUUUAAAUUCUAGAAUGCGUCUUACAGGUUUGAUUUUAUUUAGUGUGUUUGGAUUUUUCAUCCACAUAAAAUUGUUGUUUUAUCAAGAAUGAGUCUGCUUCCGAUACGUGUGUUAAAAUAGGUUGUGAAAAUUGUGAAUGCAUGAGUAUUAAGGAAUUGAAAUUAUGUAUGUUCCAAAGGCAACUCCUCGGUCAUUGCUAUGUCACACAUUCCCUCUAAUAAUUACCUCCCAUAUUGUAACCUGCUGAACAAGAUGUGCCAUAUUCUCCCAGCUAAGGAGGAAAGGAAGAGAAAGCCCAUGGAGCUCAGUUGUAGCUAGCAGUAUGUAUGGCUGUUGUGUUCCAGUUGUCUUCACUUAUCCAAUACCUUGUUCGCUGUUCUAGGGUCAUUUUUCAAAACAACUUAUUCCAUAAAUUCAUACCCUAUUUCCAGAGCCAUGACUGGUCUCAUCAUUCUCAGACACACAUAAACGAGUAGAUUUUGUUUAUCGUUCAUUGUUAUUCUGUAGCUAGACCCUAGAUGGUACAUGAAUGAACUGAAUUGAUUUACCUUGAAUAAGGGCACAGUAUUGGGUAAAUUGAUUUCUAUGAUUACUGAAUGCAGUACGUAGUUUUAGUAUUUGAUAGUUUUAGGCAUUUGAGAGGCAUUGUCUUUAAUAAAACAUCAUUAAUUUAAACAGCUUACGAUCCCCAUUCAUAUACUUAUGUGAAGAUAAUUCCAUAACAAGGAUUUGUCUUCCAUUAAUAAAUGGAAAUAACUAA